AUGUCCGACCAACCUUCCACCACCACGACCACCACCACUUCCACCUCCUCCUGCACCUCCUGCGUCCGCCUCCCCUCCCCCGGCCGAACCCUCAAACAAGACCCAACCGGGGCGGGAUGCCUGCACCUCGGCAGUGACGGGGUCCUACGCAGUUACUCUGGCGACGGCGCCGUGCUCGACCAUCGACAACUGUCGCCGGCGCAGAUAGCCGAGCACGUCGCGGUUUUCCGCGCGACGGGGGUGUAUGACGCGGAGCAGAUGGCGCAGAUCGAAGCCGGGUACCGCGGCGCCGAUGGUCGUGAUGUCCCGCUCGAGCGGUGCGUGGAGCCGGGGGAUGAGCAGAGGCCGGUGCAUUUGAGGGGGAAGCAGAAGAAGGCGGGGGAGGAGUGA